GACUGUCCAUUUUUGUCCAUUUUUGAAACAAUUUUCUCUACUUGUGAAAUGAGUUGGUAUAGCCAGCCACCCAUUCUAAUAAUUAUAAUAAACGAUAUAAUGAGUCAGUUAUGUUAUUUAGUUUCAGUUAUGUGAUUUAGUUUCAGUUAUGUGAUUUAGUUUGUUCCUAACGUGCUACCUAUAUUAGAAAUUGGAUCGAGUUUUGUGUGCUUCAUAUUAUCGCAGCGUUUGAAAAACAAUUAGUUUCCCCCUCCUCAACUGAUAACUUGAGACCUUCACAUUGGUCUACGCUCAAUGCUCAGUUAGUUCUUAGCUGUCAAUUCAAAAUCUGUAACAUGAGAACAUACCAGCAUUGAGUAGUGAUAUUUACAGAACGUAUAGAGUAGUGAUCUGUGAAGUUUGAAUCACAAACGCAUGGAACUACCAAAAUCCUCUACAAGUGAUACCAGGAAUGUUCAGUCAUAGUGUUACCUUUGAAGUCGAAAUUUUCACCUGGAACUCGUCAGUAUUUUUGAAUUAGUAGACGAAAAUGAGAUCAAAGCUUGGGAUUUGAACUGCGUUUAUACUUCAAGGAGGAAAAUUCAGCAAAACAAUGAAUCCCGACUUCUCGAUCAACCUCGUAUUCGCGUGCAUGGUGGCAGCAAUUGGCGCAGGCUUCCAACACGGCUACAACACUGGCGUUGUCAACGCACCGCAAAACGUCAUCGAAAAAUGGAUGUCCGACGUGUCACAGGAGAGACACGGAAUGCCACCUGACAAGAACGACAUCACAUUCCUGUUCUCGUUGGCGGUCAGCAUCUACUGCGCUGGAGGCAUUGUGGGGGGGCUUCUAACCUCAACGUUCGCCAUCCACAUUGGGAGACGUGGCGGGUUGUUUGUAAACAAUUUAUUUGCCCUGAUCGCCGCAGCAAUGAUGGGACUAUCCAAGAUGGCUGGUAGUUUUGAGCUGUUAAUAGCUGGACGCUGUUUCUCUGGUCUCAACAGUGGACUAAACUCGGGACUAGCUGGGAUGUACCUUGUCGAGGUUUCCCCUCGAUCAAUGCGUGGAGCGCUCGGCUCAAUGUACCAGCUGAUCAUCACAAUAUCGAUCCUCGUCUCGCAGAUCCUUGGAAGCCAAAGUAUAUUUGGCACUGAUGAUCUAUGGCCGGUUCUCUUCGGUUUAACCGGGAUCAUGGCUUUAGCUCAAAUGCUGUUCCUCCCCUGUUGCCCCGAAACACCCAAACACAUCUUCAACAAGGGCAACAAAGAGCGAGCCCAGAAAUCACUGAAAUGGCUGAGGAAACGGGAGGAUGUUUCAGCUGAGAUGAGCGAAAUCCAAACUGAAGCCGAACAGGAGAAGUCUAUUGGUAAGGCGAGUUUCCAGCAGUUCAUACAGAAUCCUUCAUUGAGGAAACCUCUGAUCAUAGCCAUUGUGAUCAUGAUUGCCCAACAGUUGUCCGGCAUCAAUGCUGUCAUCUACUACUCGACACAGAUCUUCCAGAAAGCUGGAAUGAGCCAGCAGGAGGCCCAGUUGGCAACAAUGAUCAUGGGAACUGUGAACAUCAUAAUGACGGUGAUCUCUGUGUUCUUAGUGGAGAUUGCUGGACGUAAAACCCUCUUACUGAUUGGUUUCGGAUUGAUGUUCAUAGUAACAGCUCUCCUAGCAGUUUUGCUGGAGUUCAUACAGUACGAUUUCGCCUCCUACAUGUGUGUAGCACUAGUUGUCUUGUUUAUAGUGUGUUUCGCCACUGGACCCGGUUCGAUCCCCUGGUUUCUGGUAGCAGAACUUUUUGGUCAGGACGCGCGACCGCUGGCUGCUUCCAUCUCGAUCGGCUGCAACUGGACAGCCAAUUUUCUGGUCGGCCUCUUCUUUCUGCCUCUGCAAGAACUGAUCGGACCAAAGGUGUUCAUCAUUUUCGCCGUGCUACAACUGAUAUUCACAAUUUUCAUCUUUUUCAAAGUACCGGAAACGAAGAAUAAAUCGUUGGAUGAAGUGUUGAAGUAUUUCAAAUGAGUUCCCAAAUUCAAGAGUGAUACUGAAGUGAAUUGAAUUUGAUAAAAUAAUUAUGACAUGCACGGUGGAACCAAUAUUAAAUUUGAGAGAAUUCUGAAAUUUUUAACGGUGGAAACAUAUUGAUAUUAUUUCAAGGAUAAAUUGAAUUCGAGAACAUUUUGACUAAACGCGGUGGAACUGAUGUUGAAUUGAAUUCAAGUGAAUUUCGACAUUUUUAACGGUGGGAAUGAUACUCUUAAGCUGCGUUUACACCAAAGUUAUUAACAAAAUGUUGGUAACUCAAUCCUUAUAGAUUCUAUUACAUUGAACAUAACUUAUCAUACACAUGAUGAACAUAUGUGUUUGUCAAGUUCCGUUCAACCUAAUAGAAUCUAUAAGGAUUAAGCUAUUGGAAUUUUGUUAGUUACUUUGUUGUAACGCAGCUUUAUUCUCUUCAAAGAGCAGAUACUUUUCAGCUGAUUAUAGACAGUUUACAACAUGAUGCUCUGAUAAUUAAGACUUAAAUAUUAUGAUCAUUAAUGAAUAAUAUAGAAUCAAAAUUGGUGAAUUAUCAUGUUUUGUAUUUUCGAAUAAUGUGGAAACAAUCUGCCUUUUAAACAUAAUUGGAAUAAAAAAGUCUUGCAAAAAUUAGAAACCUAUAUGUAACCAUAAAGGCGGAUUCUCACAAAUCUCGUAUCAGUUAACGUGGUCGCCGUACUUGCUCGGCCGUGCUGUGUGGCAAUAGUCCCAUUAGUUAAAACUAAUUGAAAUCAUAUUCUUACUGUACUGAUUACCAACUCUGAUACUGUAAAGUGAGAAUCCCUCUUGAAUGAGAGCUUUGACUUUGAAGAAAAGACUUUUUGAAUUAUCUGUAUAUUUUAUUAUAACUAUCACGUCGAGGAAUUAAUAAACCAUUCAAUGCAAUGAACUGAUGAAAAAUAUCAUGAUGUGAGAACAUUUUAAUGUAAUAGAAUCAUUAAAUUAUGUAUCCAAUAAAGUUAAAUAUACUAUUUUUGGUCUA